GUGUUAUGACAGGGUCCGGUGAGAGUGUUGAUAUGUCGUCGUCAGCGUCAGCCCAGUCAAAAACCUAUAUUUUUAGCUGUAUGUCAAUUCAUUUUUGCUUAUUUGGGAGUUUAAAGCCAUAUCAAUUUAUUAGACUGUAACGUUUAAGUAAAAAAAAAAAAAAAUUAUACAUGCAUAUCUGAAAAGCAGAAAGUUACUCAAAUUGAACUGCAUUUAAAUAACAGUUGUAUAUAAUUCAGUUCUGUGAAAGUGUAAUCGAUUCUGAUUCACACCGAAUGACCUGAACGACUCUGCGGCAAAUCAAAAGGGAGAGGGAGUGAGCUAAUUUACCGCCGCGACUGUAAUUUGAUGUCUUCCACUCACCGCUAGUCAUUCGGCGCCGGUCUGCAGCUGCCGCGCGCACGUUUCUCCGUCGCUCCGCUGGCGUGAAGUCCGGUUGCUGUGUACGCAGAGCGAUAUAAAUGAAACAACGGUGGGACAACAUGACUAUCCCAAAAGACAUCCCAGAGAAGUGGUUUCCAAUCAUUCUCCCUCUAAAAAGGAAGAAAGAGGGAUUAACCAACUCGACAAAAAUAAGAAACGGAGCAGAGGAGGAAAGGAGAGUCCGAGCCAAUGAUAGAGAAUACAAUGAGAAGUUCCAGUAUGCUAACAACUGCAUCAUGACCUCAAAGUACAACAUUGUCACCUUCCUACCAGUCAACCUGUUCGAGCAGUUCCAGGAAGUUGCCAAUACUUACUUCCUGUUUCUUCUCAUACUGCAGUUGAUUCCCCAGAUUUCCUCAUUGUCUUGGUUCACCACCAUUGUGCCUUUAGUGCUGGUACUGAGCAUCACUGCAGUCAAAGAUGCCACCGAUGACUAUUUUCGUCACAAGAGUGACAACCAGGUGAAUAACCGUCAGUCUCAGGUCCUCAUCGGUGGCAUUCUUCAGAAGGAGAAAUGGUUGAAUGUCAGAGUGGGUGACAUCAUCAAACUGGAGAACAAUCAGUUUGUGGCAGCUGACCUGCUCCUGUUGUCCAGCAGUGAACCACAUGGCCUCUGUUACAUUGAAACCGCAGAACUGGAUGGCGAGACAAACAUGAAGGUGCGUCAGUCUUUGUCUGUUACCUCAGAGCUAGGAGAUCCUAAUAACCUGGCCCAGUUUGAUGGAGAAGUGGUGUGUGAGCCUCCAAACAACAAGCUUGACCGUUUCUGUGGGACUCUGUAUUGGAAAGACUGUAAAUACCCCCUCAGCAACCAGAACAUGCUGCUCCGAGGCUGCGUACUGCGCAACACAGAGAGCUGCUAUGGCCUCGUUAUAUUCGCAGGUCCUGACACCAAGCUGAUGCAGAACAGCGGACGGACUAAGUUCAAGCGGACCAGUAUAGACAGAUUGAUGAAUACACUGGUGCUCUGGAUUUUUGGGUUUCUGGUGUGUAUGGGAGUGAUCUUGGCCAUAGGAAAUGCAGUUUGGGAAAAAGAAGUGGGUGCUCUUUUCCAAAGUUUCCUACCCUGGGACCCUCCAGUGGACAAUUUCCUGUUCUCUGCCUUCCUGUCCUUCUGGUCCUAUGUCAUCAUCCUCAACACAGUCGUGCCCAUCUCUCUCUAUGUCAGUGUGGAGGUGAUUCGUCUGGGUCACAGUUACUUCAUUAAUUGGGACCGGCGGAUGUUCUGCAGCCGUAGUAACACAGCAGCGGAGGCCCGGACCACCACACUAAAUGAAGAGCUGGGACAGGUGGAGUACAUCUUCAGUGACAAGACAGGAACCCUCACCCAGAACAUCAUGACCUUCAACAAGUGCUCCAUCAAUGGUCAUGCAUAUGGAGACGUGAUUGAUAUUCUGGGUACUCAGCAAAAGAGGGUCCAGCCCCUGGACUUCAGUGCUUGGAACCCCUUAGCAGACCGGGGCUUCUGUUUCUAUGAUCAGUCUCUGAUAGAGGCAGUGAUGGUGGGAGAACCAGCAGUGCAUGAAUUCUUCCGGGUCUUGUCUCUCUGCCACACUGUCAUGAGUGAGGAGAAGAGCGAGGGAGAGCUGGUGUAUAAGGCUCAAUCUCCAGAUGAGGGGGCGUUAGUAACCGCUGCACGUAACUUCGGCUUUGUGUUCCGCUCUCGCACACCCGGCACAGUCACCACACAAGAGCUUGGCAAAGCGGUCACAUACACGCUCCUCGCCAUCCUGGACUUCAAUAACAUCCGCAAAAGAAUGUCUGUUAUAGUGAGGAAUCCAGAGGGCCGUAUUCGUCUGUACUGUAAGGGGGCAGACACUGUGCUUUUCGAGAGACUUCAUCCUUGCAGCCAUGAAGUAAUGAAUAUCACUUCAGAUCAUCUCAACGAGUAUGCAAGUGACGGGUUACGGACGCUUGCAGUGGCCUAUCGGGAUCUGUCUGAGGAGCAGUGGGAGGAGUGGUCAGAGCAUUUCCGUGGCGCUGAUAAAGCCACAGACUGCAGGGAUGACCGGCUGGCUGCUGCCUAUGAGGUGAUCGAACAGGACAUGAUGUUGUUGGGGGCCACGGCUAUAGAAGAUAAACUGCAAGAGGGUGUUCCUGAAACCAUUGCCAUUCUCUCACUGGCAAACAUCAAGGUCUGGGUGCUCACUGGAGACAAACAGGAGACUGCAGUGAAUAUUGGUUAUUCCUGUAAGAUGCUGAGGGAUGACAUGACGGAGAUCUUCAUUGUAAAUGGACACACUGUCCAAAGCGUACGCGAAGAACUGAGGAAAGCAAGAGAGAGAAUGCUGGAGUCAUCACGCACCAGAGAUGGAGGGAAGGAAGUUGAAGCUCAGGGAUUGGGUGGGGCGUGUGCCUUUGGAAAUGGAUGUGGAGGUGGUGGUGCUGCUAACUGGUUGCCUGAUGAGAGUAAAUGCCCCCCUCCUCAGGCUCCGCCCCCCUCAUUAUUAGAGUCAGUCAGUGGAGAGUUCGCCCUCAUCAUCAGUGGACACAGCUUGGCUCAUGCAUUGGAAGCGGAUAUGGAGCGCGAGUUUUUGGAGACGGCGUGUGCUUGUCGAGCAGUGAUCUGCUGCAGAGUGACUCCUCUUCAGAAAGCUCUGGUGGUGGAGCUGGUUAAACGACAUAAGAAGGCUGUCACACUCGCCAUCGGAGAUGGAGCCAAUGAUGUCAGCAUGAUAAAGACGGCUCACAUCGGCGUGGGCAUCAGUGGUCAGGAGGGGAUCCAGGCUGUGCUGUCAUCAGAUUACUCAUUUUCCCAGUUCCGUUUCCUGCAGAGACUUUUGCUGGUACACGGACGCUGGUCCUAUCUGCGCAUGUGCCGUUUUCUCUGUUACUUCUUCUACAAGAACUUUGCCUUCACUAUGGUGCACUUCUGGUUCGGGUUCUUCUGUGGGUUCUCGGCACAGACUGUCUACGACCAAUACUUCAUCACUCUCUACAAUAUCGUAUACACAUCCCUGCCUGUGUUAGCCAUGGGCAUCUUCGAUCAGGAUGUUCCUGAACAGAGGAGUCUAGAGUAUCCAAAGCUGUAUGAGCCAGGCCAGCUUAACUUGCUGUUUAACAAGCGAGAGUUCUUUAUCUGUAUCGCACAAGGAAUCUACACUUCCGUGGUUCUGUUCUUCAUUCCGUACGGUGUUCUCUCUUACGCCACACAGAGCAAUGGAGUCCCAUUGGCAGACUACCAAACUUUUGCAGUAACAACAGCAACGGCCCUUGUCAUCGUUGUCAGCGUCCAAAUUGCUCUGGACACGGGUUAUUGGACAGCUAUAAAUCACUUCUUUAUAUGGGGCUCUUUGGGUACCUACUUCACUAUCCUCUUCGCUAUGCACUCCAGUAUCCUGUUCAGCAUCUUCCCAAAGCAGUUUCAUUUCCUUGGAAGUGCCCACAACACACUCGGACAGCCAGUGGUAUGGUUAACUAUUGCUCUGGCUACCGUCAUCUGCAUUGCUCCAGUCCUUGCUUUCCGCUUUCUCAAACUGGAUCUUAAACCUCAGCUCUCAGAUACCGUGCGCUACACUCAACUUGUGCUGCAGAAAAAGCGGAAGCCUGGUGGGCGUGUGGGUCGUGGAGUGGGUGGUUCUGGAGUAGCUAGUGGCAGUGCUCUUGGUCGCUUGGGGAGAGGUGGAUCUCGGCGCUCCGGUUAUGCAUUUGCGCAUCAGGAGGGCUUUGGCGAGCUGAUCACUUCAGGAAAAAAUAUGCGUCUGAGUUCGCUGGCUCUCGCUAAUUUCGCUUCCCGCCACAGCAGCAGUUGGAUCGAUACCCUUCGUAGGAAAAAACAUGCUAACAGCCCAGGUGUGCAGAACACCCCGCCCACCGGAGAUGACAGCGCCGCCUCCUCUCAAGCCCCGCCCCUUUCCACAUCUUCUUCAGUAAAUAGUCGUCAGGACACAGUGGCAGGCGAGGCAGGGCAGCAAUGCAAUGAACCCGUCCUCACUCACAGCCCUGAUGAUAUCGCUCUCAGCGUGCUCAGGUGUGCGGACAGAGAGACUGGAGGAUAUAGUACUGGAACCGUGCAGGAAGCACCGUUUGUGUGGAAGGGAUCUGGAGCUCGUAUCUGUGGUGCCAGCAGCCCUGGACCUCCUCCCAUUGCAGAAGAAACUUCCAGUGGCGAUUGAUAGAUAGACAAGAACAACUGGAAUCCUUCAUGUGGAUGCUCAUGUUUCUGUCUGAGGACAUGGCCAGAGAAGACAGCGCCCCAGACAGUUUGGGAGUAAACACUUAAAACACACAUGGAAAUGGAUGCAGAUUCAGUAGACAAACUGUAUACAGACAGCAAAAAGAGUUUCACUCCUCACAUUUUCUUUAUUGUUCCCAUUCUCUGAUUUCUUGUCAGUGAAAAGGACAAAUUUUGUUUGACUGAGUUUUUCAUUCUAGCCAAGUUAUUAGACUUCAGACCAAAAUAACAUUGCCAAGGCUGAUAUCAGUAGCACACCUGACUAUCCAAGUAGGUGACAUUAAUUUGGAAACAAAGGAAAUUCUCCCAGUUUUUUGCAUUACAUAUCAAUACAUAUCACAAUACAUAUCACAAUAUAUUAAUACAUUACACAUAUAACCGUUUCAAGUAAUGGUUAUACAAGUAUUACUGAUAACUAAAUGGCCUGCAGAUAUAUCAGGUUUUAAGUUUUUUUUUUUUUUCAAAUUGAACAGUUCUAUCUAUUUCAUUUGAAAUCUCAGUCAGGUCAAGGAUUGUCUUUAUCUCUAUAUAUUAAGGGUGGUUUAUCUUCCGUUUUUUUAAUCUCACAGUGACUUGGUGUCAUACUGUUAGGACAAUUUUGUCAGCAAAUUGUUUUGCUGAGUCAAAUACUUCAGCUUUUUGUCUGUUUGUUUCUCAAAGGUUGUGUGGCAAGUGAAGGCAAGUGAAUUUCCCAUGUGCUAAUAGAAAAAUCUGCAGAUUUUCUGUUUUUCCCCACUGCUGAAAACAGCACUAAGAUGUGUGCAGUUCUGUGUGAUAAAACACUACAGUUCUCAGUGAGAACGUGACUCUGCUGGAUGAACCCGUUCUUCCUCAUCCAUUUCUUUGCACCAUGUUGGUGCUCCAACCCUGACUACUUGACUAGAAGUCCAAUUCAACCCCAAACCCUGCUCUGCUGGACCCUUGAGGGUCUAGCCAUUUGCCCAACAGGGGUGCAUUGAUCCAGUGGACUGUGAUAACAGAUGUGUUUGGAUUUUUUUUUUUUUUUUUUUGAAGUUGGAUUAAAAUAAUUCACACAAGAGUUACCAAAUGGAUUCCACCUUGACCGUUAUGGUCUAAAUGUGGCCUUUUCCAGUGUUUGAAUUUAGGUAAAUGGGCUAAUAAGAAUAUAAACACAAUGGUGUGUGCGUGUGUUUUAUUGUGUGAUAGACCAAGAAAGUUGAUAAAGAUGUUUGAAAAGUUAAUGAGCUCCAUACUUGUCCUGUUCCCUGUAUAAGUUAGACCUAGCUCUCAUACUGUUAAAUAGGUAACAAUUAUAUGCCUUAAAAGCUAAA